AUGCCAUCCAGGACGGCGCAGGCCGUGCCCCUGGCCUUGCCCAUGCUCCUCCUCCUGCUCGUCAUGUCCGCACGCGCAGCGGAACCGGAGGAGCAGCAGCGCGAGGAGGCCGUGGACCCCGAGGUGACGGCGUGCAGGCAGCAGUGCGCGCGGCAGCGGCAGUUCGGCGCGGCCGAGCGGCGGCACUGCCUGCGCCAGUGCGACGAGUACGGCCGCGCCAAGCGCCGGGAGGAGCAGCGGGAAGAGGGCGCCGAGCGGGAGCGCGACCGCUGCCUGCACGAGUGCCGCGCCGGCCCGCCAAAGCCCGGCUGCGAGCGCCGGUGCCGCGAGGCGUACGAGCGGGCAACCCGCAGGCGUGGGGACGCCGGUCCUCGGGGUCUGGCCUCCGUGCCGGCCCGCCGGGUCCGUGGAGACAAGUUAGAGGCCGCUGCGGCCUAG